CAACCAUUGACAUUCACCGAUCCAUUGUCGCAGCAUCUGAGCUGCUCAAGGCACUAUGAGUGUCGCAAGAUCCUCAGAGUGCGUCUUUUGUCUAUUUUCCCGUCCUUCACGCCCUGCUUCGAUUGCUCGCCGCAGAUUCCACUCCUCCCCCGUCCAUCAGAAGCGAAAGCCACGUUUUCCCAGUGUCAAAGCUGCAGUCAAUGAGAUAGAUCUCAACAAAGCCGGCCAGGAUCUUCUGAACGCAGAAGCAAACAAAGAUUAUGCCUCACAGAAUUACUCGCCCGAGCAACUUGCCGCCAUCAAGGUAGCACAAAAACUUAUCGACCCUGAAAAGCUGUACAAGACGACAAGCAACCGAAAAGAUCCCUGGAGAGUCAAGUACUACGAUGAUCUGGCGAAGAUAGACCCCGUCGUGGAUAAGCCAGUACAACACCCCUGGACAAAUCUCGAUGACAAUUCGCGGCUGAAGACCGAUGAAGAGUUUGAGGACGACCUCGUCAAGCUCAUGCACGAAAUCCCCAGUCCUCGGAAUGAGGAUGAUUUCGAUACAGCCCUUUGGGACAAAUUCGAUAAAAAUCUUCGAUUGACUGUCGGAAAAGAGGAAGCAGAAAGGCACCCUCGGACCGCAAUGGUCCCAGAUUUGCCAAAUAUUUCGCCUCAACCUCCCAAGACCAAGCAGGUCCGGGGUGGAAGCAAAUUUGACCAGGAAUCGCCUGCUCUUGCUACGUUGAUGCACAUGACUGGGCUGGACAGAAAUGCGCUUCUCGGACUACGGGUCAAGUCAAUCGUUCAACGUACAGUCGCAAACCAGACCCGUUUGGGAAAGAUCCGAAAAACCUAUUGGCUGUCUGUGGCUGGAAAUGAGCAAGGGAUGAUUGGCAUAGGAGAAGCUAAAGGCGUAGAGGUCGGAGAUGCGUUAAUACAGAGUCAAUAUCGAGCGAUUCGAAACAUGAGACCGAUCAUUCGGUACGAAAACCGAACGACUUUUGGAGAUCUGAGUGCCAAAGUCAGUGGAACCGAGUUGGAAUUAUACGCGCGACCACCAGGAUUCGGUCUCCGCUGUCAAAAGUACAUCUGGGAAGUUUGCAAGGUCGCCGGCAUCCACGACCUUGCCGCCCGCGUCACACGAUCGAGAAACCCUAUGAACACGGUGAAGGCGACUGUGCAGGCACUGUUGGGCCAGAAACAUCCUGAAGAUAUUGCAAGAGCUCGGGGGAAGAAGCUGGUCGACGUCCGCAAGGUGUACUAUGCCGGACAACUAUAACUCUUGUACAUAUUAUUGUGGUGAAUGCGACUGAGAGAGGACUCGGGAAAAGAUUCUGUACAAGACAUUUUAUCACUUGAUCCAAG